GAACUGGAAAAAUCACCUUGGAUGAACGUUGAAUGUCUGAAUGCUAAGAACGCAAAGCAGGCCUUCUUUGACAAAUGGAAAGCCAAUCCUUGUCAGGCGACUGCGAAUGCUUGGAAGGCAGCUUGUGAUAAACUAAGGGAAGAACUACUGAAGUUACGGCAAUUCUGGAUCGAGCAGAUUCACUCUGUGGAUUACUUUCAGGAGUACGAAGACAUCCCUCUGACCGAUGCUGAUACUGUUCCUUCCUCCGAUCUGCGCUUCCGAACCCCCUGA